AAUAAAACUUAGAUUGUCUAACCAGAAAAAGAAUAAAUGAACAUUUUUGUUUGUUUAACAAAAGGGUGUUAAUUUAUUACCUGUAACGCUCAUGAGCUGAGCAAGAAAUGAGUAGGUCUGCAUUACCCACACGGUAUCUCCGCUGUCAUCUUGCUGUACCACUUCUUACAUCCAACUUUAUAUACAGAUAAACUCCUCCAUCACACAACUAAACACACAAUAUCUCCAUCUGGGCUGUUUGUUUCAGACACAACUCAAUUCUACUACUAAAUCAUCUUCAACUCUUCUCCGAAGCUACUCCAGUUUCAUCUAUGGCAGAUCACAAAGAUAAAAAUGCACCAUGGCUAUCUGUGCCACAAUUUGGGGACUGGGACCUAAAGGGGCAAGUACCGGACUACUCCAUGGAUUUCUCGAAGAUAAGAGAAAUGAGGAAACAGAACAAGAGGGAUGUAUCAAGAGCCAGUCUUGGCAAUGAAGAAGAACUCAUAUCCUCAGCAACCAAACCAAGCUCGGGCCACCAAACUAUUCAUCACAAUUACAAUCAGGACCACUCUCCAACUAUGCGGAGGAGCAUUUUCAGCUACUUCAACUGCUGUGUCAAAGCGUGAGGAAGAUAUUCAAGAGCAAUUUUUUUAAUGUUUUUGAACAGACAUCUGUAAGAUGAACUUAAGUUACCAAAGACUCUUGUCUGUUAGCUAUUGAAGUAUGAAUGUAGAUAUGUACUGAAACAAGUUUCCCUUUUAUCACAAGCAAUUUCCCUUUCUCUGUUC